UACAUUUCUCAUUUAAUCGAAAUCUAAUUGACCCGAAGAAAUGGCCUCAAGUGACACUCCCGAAGAUAAGGCCGACAGGGAGCGAAUCUUCAAUCAUUUUGACGCAAACGGAGAUGGGAUGAUCUCUUCGGUUGAGCUUGGGGAUGCUUUGAAAACCCUAGGAUCGGUUACGCCAGACGAAGUCAAGCGCAUGAUGGCUGAAAUUGAUACCAACGGAGAUGGCUACAUUUCUUACGAAGAAUUCACUAGUUUUGCUCAAGAAAAUCGAGGUCUAAUUAAGGACGUGGCCAAGAUCUUUUGAGUAAUUUAUUUAAUUAUUGUUGUUAAUUUUAAAAUUGGAUGCAUGAUGAUUACAUCAUAUUCUUGCAUGCGGUGUUGUAGAGAGUUCUGAAUUGUAUUUUCCAUAUUGACAUAUGAAUUAUGGUUGCCUUGUCCCAUUUUGUUGAUUGGGACUUUCUAAUUUAUAGAUUAUUAUUUUUAUUA